AGUAAGGAAAGAGAGUGUGUGUGGACUGUGGAGUGUGAAGUCUAAACGGAGAAUGGGAGAAUUGUGACGAUGGAGAACAUAAACGACGAUGGUUCCGCACAAGAUCUCGAUCCUCAAAGCGACCAUAGCUCCGAUUAUUUAGCUCACUCACAACCUCAGCCUCAGCCUCGUCGACCGCGCGGCUUCGCGGCGGCUGCAGCUGCCACGGGGACCAAUUCCGCCGGAAAAGGGAAGAAGGAGAGGGAAAAGGAGAAGGAGCGCACGAAGCUCAGGGAGCGACACCGUCGAGCAAUCACGAGCCGCAUGCUGGCUGGGCUCCGUCAGUAUGGGAAUUUCCCUCUGCCGGCGCGUGCCGACAUGAAUGAUGUACUCGCCGCUCUCGCGCGUGAGGCUGGUUGGGUUGUUGACACCGAUGGCACCACCUACCGCCAGUGUCCCCCUCCUUCUCACAUGGGAUCAUUUGCAUCAAGGUCAGUUGAAAGUCAACUCUCUGCUGGUUCUUUGAGAACUUGCUCUGUUAAGGAAACGCUAGAGAAUCAGCCACCAGUCCUUAGAAUUGAUGAAUGUUUGUCGCCUGCUUCCAUUGAUUCUGUUGUAAUUGCAGAAAGGGACUCAAAGAAUGAGAAAUAUGCAAGUGCAAGCCCAAUCAAUUCAGCUGACUGCUUGGAGGCUGAUCAGCUUAUGCAAGAUAUUCAUUCUGGGGUGCAUGAAAAUGACUUUACUGGCACGCCAUAUGUUCCUGUUUACAUAAAGCUUCCAGCCGGUAUUAUUAACAAGUUUUGCCAGUUGAUUGAUUCUGAAGGCAUUAGGCAGGAGCUAAUCCAUUUGAAGUCUUUAAAUAUAGAUGGUGUUGUUGUGGAUUGUUGGUGGGGCAUUGUUGAAGGCUGGAGCCCACAGAAAUAUGUCUGGUCUGGUUAUAGGGAGCUUUUUAACAUUAUUAAAGAAUUCAAGCUGAAUUUACAGGUUGUUAUGGCAUUUCAUGAAUGUGGAGGGAAUGAUUCUAGUGAUGCAUUGAUUGCCCUCCCACAAUGGGUUUUGGAUAUUGGAAAAGACAACCAGGAUAUAUUCUUCACAGAUCGUGAAGGACAGAGGAAUACUGAAUGCCUUUCUUGGGGAAUUGAUAAAGAGAGAGUUCUCAAAGGCAGAACUGGAAUUGAGGUCUAUUUUGAUAUGAUGAGAAGCUUUCGGACAGAAUUUGUUGACCUGUUUGCAGAAGGUCUGAUUUCUGCCAUAGAAAUUGGACUUGGAGCAUCUGGGGAGCUGAAAUACCCUUCUUUCUCAGAAAGGAUGGGAUGGAGGUAUCCUGGUAUCGGUGAGUUUCAGUGCUAUGAUAAGUACCUGCAACACAGUCUACGCAGAGCAGCCAAAUUACGUGGUCACUCUUUCUGGGCUAGAGGACCAGAUAAUGCUGGACACUACAACUCUAUGCCACAUGAAACUGGAUUCUUUUGUGAACGAGGUGAUUAUGACAACUAUUAUGGACGCUUCUUCUUACAUUGGUACUCUCAGACAUUAAUAGACCAUGCGGAUAAUGUGCUGUCUCUUGCAAGCCUUGCUUUUGAGGAAACAAAAAUAAUUGUCAAGGUUCCUGCUGUAUACUGGUGGUAUAAGACUCCUAGUCAUGCAGCAGAGUUGACAGCAGGAUAUCACAACCCCACAAAUCAGGAUGGAUAUUCCCCCGUGUUUGAGGUUCUGAGAAAACAUGCAGUCACCAUGAAAUUUGUCUGCUUAGGAUUUCAUAUUUCCAGCCAGGAAGUUAAUGAAUCAUUGGUUGAUCCGGAGGGAUUGAGUUGGCAGGUAUUGAACUCAGCUUGGGAUCGGGGGUUGAUAGCUGCUGGAGAGAAUGCACACCUUUGCUACGAUAGAGAAGGGUACAAGAGAUUGGUUGAGAUGGCAAAGCCCAGAAACGAUCCUGAUCACCGUCACUUCUCCUUCUUUGUUUAUCAGCAACCAUCUUUGCUUCAGGGAAGUGUUUGCUUGUCAGAAUUGGAUUUCUUCAUCAAAUGCAUGCAUGCUAUGCUUGCAGGUGAGAUGACAGGAGAUAUGUAAUGGCUGCAAAAUUUUACUUUUUAACUGUAGGCCAUUGAAUGGGUCGCAAUUACCCACUAUGCUUGAAAAUAUCUGGUUGUCUGAUCUCAUGGCAGUGUAGUGUCAUCUGUAAUAAUGCUAUCUAUAUAUAAUAUUUAUAGGCUUCAAGGUAUGGCUAUCUACGCCCCAGGCAUCGACAUACCAUAUUGGAUAAGUGCUUUAGCAAGCUUUGCAAAGCUAGAGGCUAAGUUCUAUGGAUUAUCAUAGUGAAAAAAUUAAAAAAAUAAUUCAUUCCAAUCUAUCUUAUCGACAAAAAUGGGUAAUUAUGAAAUAAAUUGUGUGGUAAGAUUUUAUGAAUAACAUUAUUGGGUAUAAUAAGAUGAAAUAAGUCUAAUUCUUACUUUGUCUAGACUCUGUUAUUCGAAAUGCAUUUUGGUUGUUCAAAAUCAAUUGAGCCCCUAACCUGAAUCUCAACGUGAUUAGAUAUUAGUCCAGUCCCCUAAGCAUGCAAUGAGUGCUACACCAUGGAUUCCUCAACAUGUUUUUUUUUUUCUUUUGGGUAAACCAACAUAUUGUUUUAAAAGCAGUGGAACUUGAAUUAU